AAGAAACAAAUUUACCUUCGAAUAAAAGCAGCUUCACACAAGUCAUGAAAUUUGCACUAUUUAUUUGUUAUCAGUAGGUGGCAGCCUAAUGUGUCAAAAAUGUACAUGAGGAAGAAGAAGAGGGAACAGAAGCAGGAAGAGUAGAGGGAGGAGGAGGAGGAGGAAGGAGGGGGAGGAGGAAGAAAAGAAGAGUGGAGUGUUUAAAAGGGUGUGUUGUUUCUGCUGUUGGAGUCUUUGAGGAAACUACAGAGCACAGUUUCAUAUCUCUUGAGUCAUAUCAGGUGUGUGUGGAGAUGCAACAGGGCAAUAGUGUCUCUGGGGUGCAGCAGCUGUAUGGAAGCUGGACGACCCUGCUGAACCGCCUCUACAAUGAUCCGAAGGUGACUCAGCUGAUGAACAGUAGAAUCGGCCUCUACAUCCGCACUCACCCUUUCCUGGGUCUGGCAGUGCUGCUGUUCAGUGCCAUGUCUGCAGUACCUGUUGGGAUCUUCCUCAUUUUCUCUCUGGUGACCAUUAUUAUGACAGCGGUGGGAUUUGUUUUCUUUGAGUUGUUUGUGUUGUUUGUCGGAGGGGUGACUCUGCUGUGUGUGCUGUCUGGCCUCGCCUUCUUCUCUGUCGUGGCUUCAUUGAUCUUCAGUGCUUUUUCUGUUACCAUCACCAACGUCCUCAAGAGCUAUUACCCACAACUGGCAACGGUAAAAACAACUCAAAGUAGAGUCACGGAAACGGAGAACGUGCAGCCUCAAAACUGAAGAAAAUACUGUGGUUUGAUUUUUCUUCUCUUUGAAGAUUCAGGACGUGGACCUUUUGAAUGUAUGAUGGUUUGAGUCUCCCACUGUUUUUAACUCAAAUCGUCUGUGACGGUACUUGUAUGUGAAGAGAUAAAUAUGACUAUGGACUUUUACAUGAAGUUUUCUACCUUUUGUGUAUUUGGCGCAAUCAGCAUUAAGUACAACACUAAUGGUAUAAUAUUGUAUUUGCAGGAAAAUACAGGAUUUAAGCAUGUGUUUCUGAAUAUUAGUUAUUGAGACCAAAGAGCUACUGGGAGGAAAUGUUUACUGAAAAUUUUAGCAGAUAUUUGAUGCGCAUCAUGUCCACUGGGUAGCAUAAAUGCACUACAAAACGAAUGUUACAUACUACGUGAAAUGUUACUGGUAAAUUGUAAGAGAGCAUUAAAUAAAAACGUCCAUUUGAUGUUUUUUUGUCAGAUUAUUGCUUUAUUAAACUG